AGUGUGACAAAUAGUCCGACUAAUGAGUCCGACAUUUUGGUGUUGACAAAACGUAGUAAGGACGUUGGAAAAAAUUACUGAAAUAGUGGUGAAAUGGGUUCUAAUAAAAACGAAACUUCAGGAAAUACAGUUAAAAAUAAUACCAAGCCAUAUGGUAAAGUAGUGCUAACGUUAAAAAAUCAAUUAUUGCCUGAAGAAAAGCUUAUCACAACUCCGUCACAAAUUGAUGGUCUAGAUCCUGAAACUGAGACUGAUUUACGCAUUUAUGGGUGCGAAUUAAUACAAACUGCUGGGAUUUUACUUAGAUUACCUCAGGUAGCAAUGGCUACUGGACAAGUGUUGCUUCAACGCUUUUAUUACUCUAAAAGUCUGGUACGCCAUCCUGUUGAACAAACAGCGAUGGCAUGCAUUUGCCUUGCUUCUAAAAUCGAAGAAGCACCAAGGCGUGCUAGAGAUGUUAUCAAUGUAUUCAACCACAUAAGACAAGUCACUGCUAACAAGCCCAUAACGCCCGUCAUUUUGGAUCAGAAUUACAUCCAACUCAAAAAUCAGGUCAUCAAGGCUGAACGAAGGGUCCUGAAGGAACUGGGUUUCUGUGUUCACAUUAAGCAUCCCCACAAAAUCAUCGUAAUGUACCUGCAAGUCCUGGGCUACGAAAAGCACCAACAGUUGAUGCAGUUUUCCUGGAAUUACAUGAACGACUCCCUUCGUACAGAUGUUUUUGUGAGGUAUCAGCCUGAGACAGUGGCGUGCGCCUGUAUCUAUUUGACCGCCAGGAAGCUGAAACUACCGUUGCCAAAGAACCCCGCGUGGUACUCCCUCUUCGGAGUUACCGAGGAAGACAUCAGAGACGUCUGUGUCAGGAUAUUGAAGCUUUACACCAGACCUAAAAUAAAUGUAGAUGCCCUUGAGAAAAAAGUGGAAGAUUUGGUGAAAAAGUACCAAGAGGCUAAAAUAAAGGCUCGUGGAGGAUCAGGGAAUAACACACCUAAUAACAAUAGUCCUUCCAGUCCCAGUUCCCAGAAAACUUCAGGCGCUCAUAACGCAUGGGGUGGUUUCAUAAGGUAUUUUGUGCUCGUUAUCGUUUUAUAUUUGUGUCUUGCCAGUGGAUUUAAUGGAUUUUUUCACGAGUUGUUUUUGUUGUUUAGAAGUCGUGACCGUGAACCGUUAACGCUUAGAUCCAAGUGCUCUNAAACACACAAAAGGGGUAGCUACUCCAGGUCCCGCAGUAACAGUCCCCACAACAAGUCGAGGAAAGGAAGGGAUAAAAGAAGGUCAAGGUCAAUUAGCAACGAGAAAGACUUGAAGAACGAUCGAUAUAUCGAUCGAUACGACAAAAACGAUCGAUACGAUAGAGAUAGGUACGUGAUUAAAGAGGAAAGGGAUAGAGAUAGAUACGACGAGAAGGGCGAGAAGAAGGACAGACACGACAAGGGGGACAAACGAUAUGAAAAAGACAGAGAAGAUAAAUAUAGGGAGGAGAAGUACAGAGAUGAAAAGUACAGGGACGAUAGGGAAAAAUAUGCGAGUAGGGAUGAAAAGGAGAAGUACAAAAAGUCGAAACAUAGGGAAGAAGAGUCUAAGAACAGGGACAGAUCGAAAGACAGGCGGAGAUAGAAGAGAAAGUGUUAUGAAAUGUUGGUUUCUAAAAGAUGAGAUGUUUUAAAUUAGUGCUAUCACGUUGACGAUUUUGUUAGUGUGUGUUUUUUUUAAGUUAGUGGAUUUUUUAGGAUUCUUUUAUACCUAAAGCGGAAGCAAAAUGGAAAGCCUAUUGUCUUAAGCAUAAAAAAUGACUUGUAAUUUUUGUAAAAUAAUUUAUAAUGGGGACCGUUUAACGUCGAAUUUGUUUGUACUGCUGGUCUCGAAAAGAAUUACCUGUAAAUAGCUGUGUAUAUAUUAAUGAUAUUAAAUUUUAUUUUAUACGU